AUGAACGCAGCUGAUGCUUCGAGACUAGGUGCAGAUCCCUCUCUGGAGGCUCUGCCCAGCUGCGAGAACUGGGGCUAUUGGCCCAAGGUGGAGCGAUUGCGGGAGCAACUCCUUGAGGUUCCUCCGGUGGUCGACGGCGUGCUGCAGGCCUCCGGCAGCCAGGUGGCGCGGCGCCUUGAGGCGCUAGUGGCGCACUUGGCCGGCGCCGAGUCCCCAGGUGUGGAUGCGCUCACUGUAGGACGCGAGAUGCAACUCUUUGAGCUGGGACUCCCAGAGAUCGCCAAGAAGUUCACCACCGCCGCCAGCUCUUGGCGCCCCAACCAGGUGGGCAGCCCUUCCUCUGCAGAUGCCCGGGAAGAUGACAGCGCCGUGGAGGAGGCGCUCCAAGAGUUCGACGAGCGGUCUGCCUGGCUUUCAGAGGCCGCUGAUGAUGAAGCUGCGGCGCUGCCUGCAGAGCUGCUGCGGGCCGUCAGAGAGCGCCUGGCGGCACGACUCCAG